CCGGGCGAGCUCCUCCCCAGGCAGCAGCGGGAGCGGCCACGCCCUGUGCGCCGAGCCGGCCUCGGGUGGGGACUUGGCUCUGUUCAGCUUGCGCGCCGCGGGCCCCUUACAGCCAGGCCACGCGCCCGAUCAGCCCUCGGCCCCCCUGACCUCCCUCGGCUGGGCCGGCCCGCGCCUCCCGGACCAUGCUGCGCUGGCUGCGGGGCUUCGUGCUGCCCGCGGCGGCCUGCCAGGACGCGGAGCCGCCGACGCGCUACGAGACCCUCUUCUACAAGCUUGACCGCAACGGGGACGGCGUGGUGGACAUCUGCGAGCUGCAGGAGGGGCUCAAGAGCCUGGGCAUCCCCCUGGGCCAGGACGCCGAGGAGAAAAUUUUUACUACUGGUGAUGUCAACAAAGAUGGAAAGCUGGAUUUUGAAGAAUUUAUGAAGUACCUUAAAGACCAUGAGAAACAAAUGAAAUUGGCAUUUAAGAGUUUGGACAAAAAUAAUGAUGGAAGAAUUGAGGCUUCUGAAAUUGUCCAGUCUCUCCAGAUACUAGGUGUAACUAUUUCUAAACAACAAGCAGAGUUGAUUCUUCAAAGCAUCGAUGCUGAUGGGACGAUGACAGUGGACUGGAAUGAAUGGAGAGACUACUUCUUAUUUAACCCUGUUACAGACAUUGAGGAAAUUAUCCGUUUCUGGAAACAUUCUACUGGUAUUGACAUAGGAGAUAGUUUAACUAUUCCAGAUGAAUUCACGGAAGAUGAAAAGAAGUCGGGGCAGUGGUGGAGGCAGCUUUUGGCAGGAGGUGUUGCCGGUGCUAUCUCUCGAACAAGCACUGCCCCUUUGGAUCGUCUGAAAGUCAUGAUGCAGGUCCAUGGUUCAAAAUCAGAGAAAAUGAACAUAUAUGGCGGCUUUCGACAGAUGGUCAAAGAGGGAGGUAUCCGCUCACUUUGGAGAGGAAAUGGUACAAAUGUCAUUAAAAUUGCUCCUGAGACAGCUGUUAAGUUCUGGGCAUAUGAACAGUACAAGAAGUUGCUUACUGAGGAAGGACAAAAAGUAGGAACCUUUGAGAGAUUCGUUUCUGGUUCCAUGGCUGGAGCAACUGCACAGACAUUUAUUUAUCCUUUGGAGGUUCUGAAAACCAGGCUGGCUGUAGGCAAAACUGGACAAUACUCUGGGAUGUUUGAUUGUGCCAAGAAGAUUUUGAAACAUGAAAAAAUGGGAGCUUUUUACAAAGGUUAUGUUCCCAAUUUAUUAGGCAUCAUACCUUAUGCAGGUAUAGAUCUUGCUGUGUAUGAGCUCUUGAAGUCCCAUUGGCUAGAUAAUUUUGCCAAAGACUCUGUAAACCCUGGAGUCUUGGUGCUGCUGGGAUGUGGGGCCUUAUCCAGCACCUGUGGUCAGCUGGCCAGCUAUCCCUUGGCUUUGGUGAGAACACGCAUGCAGGCUCAAGCCAUGGUAGGAGGAACCCCACAGCUGAACAUGGUUGGGCUCUUUCGACGAAUAAUUUCUAAAGAAGGAUUACCAGGACUUUACAGAGGCAUCACCCCAAACUUUAUGAAGGUGCUCCCUGCUGUAGGCAUCAGUUAUGUGGUUUACGAAAAUAUGAGACAAACUUUAGGAGUAACUCAGAGCUGAAUUUUUUGCUUUAGCAUGAUUAUGGAAACUUCCAGCCAUCUCCAGAGUGACCUUUUCUCCUAGAAUUGCAACAAGUCCAUGGCAAAAAAGAAGCUGUAUUUUUUUUUUCACGAAAGGGAAGAGCAUAUCAUUGGUAACUUCAAACAUUUGGACUCAAUUUUAUACAUUCAGAAAUGCUAAAAAUCAUUGUUUUGAUGAGCUCAUACAGUUUUGAAAAGGCAAUAAAAUUAUAUUUUUUCUUAUUGGUCCUUUCUACAAAUCUCUGCCUGGAAUCCUAAAUCUGAAAAAAUGUACUUGCUUGAACUAAAUUUGCUUUGUGUGAAUUAUAAAUCUUUGAUCUUUA